GGGCGUGGUCCGCUCUGGGUCUGCGGCCUCCGCGCAGAAAGUUUUCAGCUAGUACCUGCUACUGACAAAACCCAAACAGCAGUCUAAGGGCAAAGAACAGAAGUCAGCUUCCCAGAACAGAGCAGAGAUCUGGGCAAUGGGAAAGGACAGAACAGCAAACAGGAUAAAGAGCAUACAAGUUAUUUAAGGAAAGAAAAGUCACCACUAUGGAUGCUUUCCAAGAAGUUUUCUCUGUUCAAAUUCAAAAUCUACUGUAAGGCUCGGUCUCCUUAUCUGUGUAAUGGGAAUGGUGCUGUCUUUGUCCCAGAAAUUCCAUGGAAUUGUAGUUGGUUCUAUUUUGCAAUGUCUGUAUCUGAAGAGCAAAGUAAGGACAGAAGAAAUGGAGGAGAAAAUGAGAGAGUUCUGCAAGCCAACAACAGAAAUCUCACCACCUCUUUUGAAUAUCCAGACAAUACAAUCAAGACUUCAAAAUAUAAUGCCUUAAACUUCCUGCCCAUGAACCUAUUUGAACAGUUCCGGAGACUUGCAAAUGCCUAUUUCCUGAGUUUGGUGUUCCUGCAGUUGAUUCCCCAGAUUUCCCCCUUGGCAAGUUAUACAACUCUAAUACCUCUGACGGUGGUGUUGGCCAUAACAGCCGUGAAAGACGCCAUCGAUGAUAUGAAAAGACACCAAAAUGAUAAUCAAGUUAACAACCGUCCUGUUCUGCUGCUGGUGAAUGGCAGGAUGGAAGAGGACAAAUGGAUGAAUGUCCAAGUGGGAGAUAUAAUCAAACUAAAAAAUAAUCAGCCAGUUACAGCAGAUAUACUAUUGCUCUCAAGCAGUGAGCCAUAUGGUCUAACAUACAUAGAAACAGCAGAACUGGAUGGUGAAACCAACCUGAAAGUGAAGCAGGCCAUCUCAGUUACCAGUGAACUGGAAGAUAACUUGGAACUGCUGUCUGCUUUUGAUGGAGAAGUAAAGUGUGAUCUUCCCAAUAAUAAGUUGGACAAAUUUACAGGCACCCUGACCUAUAAAGGGAAAAAAUAUUCACUAGGCCAUGACAAGCUGCUGCUUCGAGGCUGCAUCAUCAGGAAUACAGACUGGUGCUACGGCUUGGUGAUUUAUACUGGGCCAGACACCAAAUUAAUGCAGAACAGUGGCAAGUCCUCCUUUAAACGGACACAAAUGGACCGUUUUAUGAAUGUCCUUGUGCUCUGGAUUUUCCUGCUUUUAAUCAUCAUGUGUUUUAUCAUGGCAAUUGGCCAUGGCAUUUGGCAAAGCAAGAUAGGCUACUACUUCCAGGCUUUUAUGCCAUGGGAUAAUUAUGUCUCUUCAUCAGUUGCAUCUGCCGCACUCAUUUACUGGUCCUACUUCAUUAUUCUCAACACCAUGGUGCCCAUUUCCCUCUACAUCAGCGUUGAAAUAAUAAGACUGGGCAAUAGUUUUUAUAUCAACUGGGAUCAGAAGAUGUUUUAUGCACCAAGGAACACCCAGGCACAGGCUCACACUACCACCCUUAAUGAAGAGCUUGGCCAGGUCAAAUAUGUGUUCUCUGACAAAACAGGGACCCUGACUCAAAACAUCAUGAUCUUCAACAAGUGUUCUAUCUAUAGAAAACUCUAUGGCAAUUCCUCUGACAAGGUUGGAUCUAAGGUGACAGACUGUAAGAAAGAAAAAGUUGACUUCUCCUACAACAAACUGGCCAGUCCCAACUUUGCAUUUUAUGACAAUACUUUGGUGGAAGCUGUGAAAAAUGGAGAUAAAUGGGUACACUUGUUUUUCCUCGCCCUCUCAUUGUGUCACACUGUGAUGUCAGAAGAGAAAGUAGAAGGUGAGCUGGUGUACCAGGCUCAGUCCCCAGACGAAGGUGCCCUUGUCACUGCUGCCAGAAACUUUGGAUUUGUGUUCCGUUCCCGCACGUCUGAUACAAUCACAGUGGUCGAAAUGGGAGUGACCAGAGUCUACCAGCUGCUGGCUAUUCUAGACUUCAGCAAUGUCCGCAAGAGGAUGUCUGUUAUUGUGCGGACGCCUGAAGAUCGGUUAAUGCUUUUCUGCAAGGGGGCAGACACAAUCAUCUGUGAGUUGCUCCAGUCAUCCUGCACAGACCUCAUCGAUGUGACCAUGGAACACUUAGAUGACUUUGCCACGGAAGGCCUUCGCACCCUCAUGGUGGCUUACCGAGAGUUGGAUGCUGCAUUUUUCCAGACCUGGAGCCACAAGCACAGUGCAGCUUACUUAUCUUUGGAGGAUCGGGAAUAUAAAUUAUCAGUUGUCUAUAAAGAGAUAGAAAAAGACUUGAUGCUGUUAGGGGCCACAGCCAUAGAAGACAAGCUGCAAGACGCAGUACCUGAGACAAUUAUCACCCUGAACAAAGCCCAAAUUAAAAUCUGGGUUUUAACUGGAGAUAAGCAAGAGACUGCUGUGAACAUUGCCUAUGCCUGUAGUAUAUUUGAGGAUGAAAUGGAUGAGGUAUUCAUGGUACAAGGCAAGAAUUAUGAGACAGUUUUUCAAGAACUCAGGGCAGCAAGGGCCAAGAUGAAACCUGAGACUUCAUUGGAAUCAAACCCAACAAAUGUUCGUCUUUCCUCAAAGCCCAAGAUGCCCUUCAUAGUACCUGACGAGGUGCCCAAUGGCAACUAUGGCUUGGUCAUCAGUGGCUACAGUCUGGCCUGUGCUCUAGAAGAGAACCUGGAGUUGGAACUGCUGCAAACAGCAUGCAUGUGCAAGGGAGUGAUCUGCUGCAGGAUGACGCCCCUUCAGAAGGCCCAGGUGGUUGAGCUGGUGAAGAAGUACAAAAAGGCGGUAACAUUGGCCAUCGGGGAUGGGGCCAAUGAUGUCAGCAUGAUCAAAGCUGCCCACAUUGGAGUCGGCAUCCGUGGCCUUGAGGGGAUGCAGGCCAUGCUCAACAGUGACUUUUCCUUCUCCCAGUUCCACUACCUUCAGCGCCUUCUUUUGGUCCAUGGCCGCUGGUCUUACAAUCGCAUAUGCAAGUUUCUCAACUACUUCUUCUAUAAAAACUUUACCUUCACCCUGGUUCACUUCUGGUAUGCCUUCUACAACGGCUUCUCUGCGCAGACAGUUUACGAUAGCUGGUUUAUGACCUGCUUCAAUCUGAUCUACACCUCCCUUCCUGUCCUGGGCUUGAGUCUGUUUGAUCAGGAUAUGAAUGACACAUGGAGCCUAAGUUUUCCAGAGCUGUAUGAAGCAGGCCAGCAAAACCUCUUUUUCAAUAAGAAGAAAUUUGUGAAUUGCUUAAUAUAUGGGAUCUACAGUUCCUUUGUGUUGUUCUUUGUCUCCAUGGGGACCAUCCACAACUCGGAGCGCGAUGAUGGGAAGGACAUCUCUGACUUUCAGACUUUUUCCUUGAUAGUACAGACCUCCUUGAUGUGUGUGGUCACAAUGCAGAUUGCCCUGAAGACGACCUACUGGACAUUGAUGAGCCACCUCUUCAUCUGGGGUAGCCUGGGUUUCUACUUUUGCAUGCUAUUCUUCCUGUACAGUGAUGGCUUGUGUGUAAUGUUCCCCAGCAUCUUCCACUUCCUAGGUGUGGCCAGGACCUCACUGAACCAGACACAGCUGUGGCUGAGCAUUAUCCUCAGCACAGUCCUCUGUAUAAUACCUGCAAUUGGGUACAAAUUUCUCAAACGGCUAGUAUACCCUGUCUUUGUGGACAAGGUUUUGGACCUAAGUUGGCAUUACAGGAAAUAUCCACUGCCACCUCCAAUUCACGUCAGAUUGAAACACUCAAACCUUCGACGUUCUGCAUAUGCUUUCUCCCACCAAAAUGGCUUUGGGGCCCUCAUCACUUCUGGCAAGACAAUGAGUAGAAGGCAAAAGAAGAAAAACAGCUUUCCUUUAAAAAAAUAGAGGUCCUUUGGGAGACUCCAAAAGAGUCAGUCAUUGCUCUUCCUCUUUUAUAGUCAUGCAAUUCAGUAAGAGGGGACUAGAAAUCAGCAUAUGCCUGCUCCUCUACUAUCACUACAGGGCAUUCUGCAAAAGGCUGUGCCCUCACAAGCAACAAAUGGACUUAGGAAAAAGCCCCCAGAUAACUACCAGAGUUGCUAAACUUCAAGAAAAAGCUACCUCGUGCUUCUCUCUUCCCAUCACUUUUAAAUUUUAAUCCAGACAAGAAAAUGUGGAAAUAUGGGGUGGAGAGAGACAGUGUGGGAAAGAAAAAGAAGAUAUGGUAUAAGAAUCUUACUUUGGUCCUGAAUUUGUUUACUGGUACCAAAAAAAACAAACCUUACUUUGGUCCCUGCCUCCUAUACCCAUAGCAACCAUAACCUGCCCAGGGCCACAUGAACAUACUUCCACCCAGCCUCCUUGCGCAGGUUUAUCUGGGAGCUCUGAAUGAGCAGUUUGCGAGUCCUUGGUAAUAACUGUGGAAGCAACUGUGAAGAGUUGGCCUUCAGAAGGUGGAGUUUCUGGAGGGAGGGAGGGAGGGAGGGAGGGAGGGAGGGAGGGAAGGAGAAAGGAAGGAAGAGAAAAAAGAAGGAAGAAAGGGACAGAAAG